UUCCUGCACCGCCCCAAAUCCGUCCGGGACAUAUCAAUCCUCCUGGACGAGAUCAUUUCUGCGACCGGCCUCCCUCCUUUCCCUUCACUCACGUCGACCUGCGCACAUAUGACAUCGGAUGCCCACGCGCCCACGCUCACAUCUGCCUGAACAGGAGACGCCGGCUGCAGCGGCGGCAACGACCAGAGCUUCGUCGGGCACGUUUCGGACGAGUAUAACUCCCGGACGUCGGGCGACGACUCGAGGACGGACCCUUCGUUCGAGACCACCCUCGCAGAACCCAACCCCGGCUCGUCGUUGUACGCACAUCACAGCAGCACAAGCAGCAGCAACAACAACAGCAACAACAGUAGCAGCAACAACAUCGGUUUAUAUCCCGGGCUCUCGACGACGCGCGACUGGACGCAAGAUUCCCGGUGGACUGACUGACUGACUGGGCCUUUCCUCUUGCUUGCUUGUACACACCUGCACCCGCCUUCCAAGCCCGUCCAGUCCAGUCCAAGUCCAAGCCUCUCUCUCUCUUCCAAGCCCGUCCGGUCCAAGCCUCUCUCUCUCUCCCUCUCUCUUCCUUUGUCCUCUCCACCAUAUCAUCAUCA